AUGUCUUCCUGUCUUGGCUUCGGCCGCAAACGCGACGAUGAUCAGCAACCGCUACUCCCACAGUACCGAGAUGAUACGGUCCUUCAGCGGGAGGUUCAUCAGAAGCUCCACUCGUAUCAGAUGCUACGGGCUAUGUCCAUGGGUUACAUGCCGUCCAAUGAACAGACCAUCAUCAACCUCAGAAGCGUGCUUUCCGCAGACAUCCUGAACCCCGACAACCCUGAAUUGAGUGACUCUGGUCGUCUAUUGGUCAAGUUCACCAAGCAAUGGCUCCACCAAUUCAUCGAUCUUCUACAGCACAAGAACAGCGAGGAUCAGAUCCAGGACUUUGUGUGGUAUCUCACUAAAGCCCGAAUCUCGGUCGAUGUAAAUGACAUCGCUCGUCGCACUACUAAGUCGAAAGCCAAGGCCGACGCAACUGCAGCGUACCAGAGCCUCCAGACAGUUGGCCAGUUGCUCCUUACCAACUCCGAUUUCCGAAUCUUCCUUUCAGACAUCCAAACCGUUGGCCGAGAAGUCUUCAGAGACAGCGCAUUUACUUUGUCUAAUGUGGCAAAGAAAGCUGGCAAGAAGAUUGAACCCUCGCAAGCUGAGCAGCAGGCGCUUAAAGAGCCCGGAAAAGAUGCUGAGGGUACUGCGCCAUCAGCACAAGAGCUCGAAGACGAUGUGGCCGAGGUCGCGCAAGUCGUCGGCAAUGGCGUAACAAAGGUGGCCAAGAGGGCAGACCAAAGCUUGUCUGACAAGUUGCGAGGUGAAGAAGGCGAUUCCUUGCUUUACCGCCUGAAGCAGACCGUCACGAAUCUGCGACAGAAGCGGGACUACUCUGAGUCUGUUUCGACACUCGCUCUACUUCUCCAGCGCUAUGCCAUGGCAUACUCUCGCACAGUGGAGGACGCCAUGACUACUGUGCAGGAGGAUGUUGAGCCAAAUGCGGCUAUGGAGAGGGCCGUAAAGAAUUUCUGGACCUUUAUCAGCUCCUUCGGAGACCAUGACGAGUGGAAGAAGCUGGAAGACUCUUUCCACAAGGUGCUGGAACACUCACGAAAGGACCCAGAGUUUGAGGACCUGCUUACAGACAUCGGCAAUUCUCUUCAGAAGCUGUUGACCGACCCCGAUUUCUUUGACCACGUUGAAGAGAAGUUUCAAGAGCUCCGCAAGAAGUCCAAGGGCGUAGGCACUGAGUCUUCUCUGCGACAAGAUAUCGACAUCUUCUUCGAGCAGGUACAGAAGACGUUUGAGUCGGUCACCCGUGACGAGGACAUUUCCAAGCUCAUCAAGUCGACAUUCAGGAUAUGGGGCAUCCUCUCUCCACAGCACAGCUUGGCCAACCAAGACUUGAUCAACGACACGAUCAACGUCUUCGUUCCUCUUCUGAUUCAGUACAUUCAGUACAUCCCUAUUCCUCGCCUUGAAGUGUCCACACCUGAGGUCGACAUUUUGCUCGAGAACCUCAUCAUCGAGCCUGGAAAGACUGUCAAUCACACAUCGUUCCUGCCCUUCCGGUUCCGCGUGGAGACUUACAACGACUUUGAACUCCGCAAGGCUCGCUUCCGUGUUGCAUCCAAGGUCACAUCCAAGUUCACCAUCAAGAUCGACGGUCUCUCCAUGCGGGCCGACGAGAUUGGUUUCCUCCUCCGUGCUCACUCAGGAAUCCUCCGCAUGGCGGACGAGGGUAUCGCGUCCUUCCAGCUCGACGAGCGCGGCAUCGACAUCCACCUCGACGUCGAGGUCGCCAAGGAAAAGAUGGAACAGAUCCUUACCCUCCGCGCCGUCCGCGUGCACAUCCACAAGCUCAACUACACAUUCCGCAAGUCCAAGUUCAGCAUCCUCGGCUGGCUCUUCAAGCCUCUUCUCCGCCCGGUCAUCCGCAAGGUCAUGGAAAGGCAGAUGGCCAAGGGUAUCGCGGAUGGCAUCCACGCUGCGAACCGCGAGCUCUUGUUCUUCCGUGAAAGGCUGAGGGCGACGAGGAUUUCGGAUCCAGAUGACCUCAAGACGUUCUUCAAGGCUAUUAUGACGCGCUUGACGCCUGCCGACGACCCCGAUCUGUACACCAGGGUUGGCGUCGCGCCCAAGGGCAAGGGUGUCUUUGCGGGCAAGUAUGCGCCGGGCAGUGUUGUCAAGCUUUGGGAAGAAGAGGGAAGGCGGGCUGAGGAGAGGAUUGAUGAUUGGGAUGAGGGUGGCUGGAGGAAUGAUGUGUUUGACCUGCACACUCAGAUGAUGGGUUGA